AUGAUAUUACUUGGUACACUCGAUAUAUUUAAUACAGUGUUUCUAAUCGGUAUCGAUUCAGAUAAAUUACAUAGGCAAAGUGGGUCUAUUAUUAAAACGCCUGCUACAGAGUCAACUUGUUCUAAUAUAGAAGAAAGCAUAACCAACGAAGACGGAGUUAAUGAUGAUAGUCCUACUUCUCAAGGUAUGAGUAGUACACUACCGCCAAAUACUGGUGACUCUGUCCCAAGAACGUCUAAAAAACGUAAAUACGUUGAAAGUUAUUUGGAGAUGGGGUUCAUAGAAACAAACGAUGGCCAGCCACAGUGCGUAAUUUGUUCAGAAGUUUUUUCUAACAGCUCUAUGUAUCCCGGAAAACUACGUCGUCAUUAUGAAAAGGUCCACCCAGAUCAUGAUGGGAAACCACUCGAUUUUUUGAAAUGA